CUUUCUUUCCUAUUAACAUUUUAGACAGAGAAGAGAAGAGAGAGAAAGAAAGAGAUGAUGAAUUCUAGCAUGAAUGGAGGAAGGUCAGAGAGUGUGAUCAUAAAAAAACACGAGUUUCCAAUCCCAGAAAUCAAGUUCACAAAGUUGUUCAUCAAUGGCAGCUUCACCGAUUCUGUUUCAGGAAAAACAUUUGAGACUAUAGAUCCAAGGAACGGAGAGGUGAUAACAACCGUCGCCGAAGGCGAUAAAGAAGACGUUGACUUGGCGGUGAAAGCUGCCCGUCACGCUUUCGAUAACGGGCCAUGGCCUCGCCUUCCCGCUGCUGCAAGAAGAAACAUAAUGCUGAAAUAUGCAAGCUUGAUUGAGGAGAGGAUAGAUGAAUUGGCAGCCCUGGACGCCCUUGAUGGCGGAAAGCUCUUGAGCUUUGGUAAACUGGCCGACAUCCCCAGCUGCAUCGAGUUCCUCAGAUUCUACGCCGGAGCUGCAGACAAGAUUCAUGGCAGGAUGCUGAAGAUGUCGAGUGAUCAUCAAGGCUACAUAUUGAAAGAACCGAUUGGAGUUAUCGGACACAUCAUACCCUGGAACUUUCCCAGCCAAAUGUUCUUCAUCAAAGUAGCCCCUGCACUCGCAGCUGGCUGCACUAUGGUGGUCAAGCCAGCUGAACAGACCCCCCUAUCCGCCCUCUACUACGCUCACUUGGCUAACCUGGCUGGGGUUCCAGAGGGAGUGUUAAAUGUAGUAACAGGGUAUGGAUCAACUGCGGGUGCUGCCAUAACAGCUCACAUGGAUGUGGAUAUGGUUAGUUUUACAGGCUCGACUGAAGUUGGAAGACUUGUGAUGCAGGCUGCAGCUACUAGUAAUUUGAAAGCUUUGUCACUUGAGCUUGGAGGCAAGUCACCUGUUAUAAUCUUUGAUGAUGCCGACAUUGAGAAAGCAACAGAUAUCGCUCUUCUCGCCAUUCUAUUUAACAAGGGUGAAAUUUGCAUGGCAGGUUCUCGUGUUCUUGUUCAGGAAGGGAUUUACGAAAAGUUUGAGAAGAGGUUGGCGGAGAAGGCCAAGACUUGGACGGUUGGAGAUCCUUUUGAUCCUGAAAGUCGACAAGGCCCCCAGGUUGACAAGAAACAGUUUGAGAAAAUACUUCGAUACAUAGAGCAUGGUAAAAGAGAAGGAGCCAAGUUGAUAGCAGGAGGCAACCGCUGCGGUGACAAGGGUUAUUACAUCGAGCCCACAAUCUUCUCCGACGUUGAGGAUGACAUGCUUAUUGCAAAGGAUGAGAUAUUUGGACCAGUAUUGUCACUUAUGAAGUUCAAGAGUGUUGAGGAGGCGAUAAAAAGGGCAAACGCGACGAGGUAUGGUUUGGCGGCAGGAAUUGUGACGAAUAACAUUGACACUGUGAACACGGUUUCAAGGUCGGUUCGGGCAGGGCUAGUGUGGGUGAAUUGUUACUAUGCCUUUGAUAGCAAUUGCCCGUUUGGAGGUUACAAAAUGAGUGGGCCUGGAAGAGACUUGGGAAUUGAAGCACUAGAGAAGUAUCUUCAAGUCAAGGCUGUUGUAACUCCAAUUUACAAUUCACCAUGGCUUUGAUUUUAUUACACAAUUUAUAUAGAAUAGAAGAGAAGAGAUUAUUAUAAGCCAAAUAAUGCUAUAUAUCUAUUUGAACUUUGAUCAUAUAUAUCAAUCUAUCUACUAUUUUCUUCUAAA